AUGGACCCAGAAGCAAAAGCAGCAGCAGCAGCAGCAGCAGCAGCAGCAGCAGCAGCAGCAGCAGCAGCGCAGAACCAGCAGAAGCAGCGCAGCAGCAGCAGCAGCACUGCAGCAGCAGCAGCAGCCGCGCAGCAGCGGCAACAGCGCAGCAGCAGCAGUGGCGCAGCAGCAGCUGCAGUGCAGCAGCGCAGCAGCAACAGCAGCAGCAGCGCAGCAGAAGCAGCAGCAGCAGCGCAGCUGCAGCAGCAGGAGCGAAGCAGCUGCAGCAGCCGCACAGCAGCAGCAGCAUUAACGCAGCAGCAGCAGCAGCGCAGUAGCAGCAACGCAGCAGCAGCAGACCUAGCGCAGCAGCAGCAGCAGCAGAAACAGCGCAGCAGCAGCAGCAGCAUCAGCGCAGCAGCAGCAGCAGCGCAGCAGCAGCAGCCUGCGUUUGUAUAA